CAGUGCAUGUGUGUGUGUGUGUGUGUGUACAGUCAGGUACCAUGGAGUAGUGCAGCUAGUGCUGGCAGACAGGGACAGAGAUGCCGAUACGAUGGACGUCGACAGGGGAACGCUUCAUUCAAGCGGACAGGAAGAACCGGGUUGAGAGGGCAAGACUCGACCUUCAACUCAAGAUCUAUGAGCGAGAGAGGCUGCGGAAUUGGGGCUUGCAGGAGCGGGAGAAGAAGUUCCUUUACGCCAACAUAGAGUCGGUGAGAAGGACCUCUGGUAGCAGCAACAUGGGCAUGGCCCCCGCAGGCCCCAAGGACAACUCGUAUGAGAAGUCCAUGCACAGUCGUAGUGCCAUCAGACUGAGCGAGAAGAGGCUGAUGGAGUGGAGGCUGUGUGAGAAGCAGCUGCAGAGGUUCCUCAAGCAGAAAGCCGUGGCCGCAGACGACACACUUCUCGACUCGCGCCUGAUGUCAAGCAGAAGCGCGUGGGAGGAAGAAGGGAAGAAGCCUGUGUCUGCUAAGGAAAGACAUGGCGGGAAGGUCGAGAAGGAAAGGGCCGAGGUUCAACAGAGGGUAAGCGCUUUCCUACACAGUGGCAUGCACGUUGUGGACGGUUCACCAAAUAUGGAUGGGAAAUCCCAGAGUGAAGCUAAACAUGAAGUUAAAAGAGGUAGCAAGGAUGGUAGACAGAGACAUCAUAGUGAGCACGUGAUACGUCCUCAUACAGCUUUCGAUAAGACUACUCCUGCUGUGAAACAAACACCGCGACCCCAGUCGGCCUGUGUUGACAACUCGUCGCGAAAAAACCAGUUCUUGAUAACGAAGGGGGACGUGUAUAUGAACAGUGGGAUGCAGUUUACUAAAAUCUCAGGAUCAGGACCAGAUACUCCAGCAGCUAAGGUGAAUAACUUUGUCCACAAUUUGAGUCGGUCCCACUCACCUGUGUCAUCAGACUCUGAACCCGACCAGGAUGUGUUCCAUGACGACACAGACACACGGUGCAGCAGGCCGCCCCGAGACACAGACGCUUUGUCAGAGACAUCUAGAAGCACACUGUCCGACAAGUCACCAAAGAGACUCACAAAACAUGUAUCUAUACCCAGCAUUCUCGAUCAGUUGACAGAGGAAGAGUUCUCUCCCCCUUCCCAUUCAACGACUAGACAGUUACCUCAUAGUGCUAAGUCUUCAAAAGGCAGCUUGUAUCAUAUACCUAGAUCCGGUCACUCUUCUAAGAGAAGGGAGAGCAUUCAGACUUCUACAGUGUUAGAGAUUAGUGAUGAAGAAGACAAUGAGGAUAGGCCGGAUAUGACGUCAACAAGGAGUAGCCGGAAACAGGACUUAGACCAGACGCACGUGUACGAUGCGCACAAGGCCGAGUCGGCAGUGAAGAGUGCUAUGGUGUUUUCCAAAAGUUCUCGAAAGAAGGCCCUCGAAUACCUCAUCAAUCAAAACAGCCCUGAUAAAAAGGGAGGUCUUAAGACAGGAGAGACUGCAGAGCAUGAAGUCACGCUCCGCCAUGUUGUCCUGCAUGGCUAGGGGAUUCAACAUUAUCUAGUGUGGCGUCUUGAUGUGGAAAUGUACCUGUGUUAAAACCAGCCACGUACUUACAAUCACUAAAUAGAAUACCAACAAGAUUCAUAACGUUUUUGUUAGAAAAAAACCCCAAACUUUCCGGCACGACAUUAGAGUUAUGCAUUACCUAAGGCAGUGGAAAGAUAUCUGUGCCAUUCUUCAUAAUGUUUCCAUUUUCGACCAUUAGUGUGUAAAAUGUCCUGAACAUUUAUCACAUGAGAACGUGAUAAUGACUGACUGUUUGAUUUUUCAUUAUUAUACAGUUACCUAAAAAGAAAUUUAAAGAAAACAAAGA